AUGAGCAGGGAUCUGUUUACAAACUGAAGGCUGUAGAUAAGUGGAGAAGAGAGAGAAGGAAAGCAAUAUGAGAAGCAAAUACAGGAGAAGACAGGAGAGCCUGGAUCUGAAUUAACAUCAGUCCGUUGUGUUCCUGUGUUGUUUACCUCCCUGUGUGCUUUGUUCAGAGCAGGAAGGCAGGGAAAGGGAUGAGACUCUGCCCUCCACAGGAACACUGAGGCUGCCUGCCUUUCUGCUCGCCUGCUUGGCUGGCCGUGCUGCCGGGAAACACAUCCAUGUCCUUCCCUUUGUCUCUCCAUAAUUAGACUCGGCAGGAUUUUCACAGCCAGAGAGGAGGAAAAGCGAGGUGGGGAGCUAAAGAAGACAGGAGAGAGGAGGAGAGGAAAGGAAGGGAGAAGAGAAAAGAAGAGGAGGAAGGGAGGGAGAGCCUCGUGACAAUGUUUUGAACAGGAGGCAAAACAGAAGAGCUGGGACUGCGCCUAUGACCAGAGUGGCUGCACACUUCAUCAUCACUGCACACUAAGGGUCAAAUGAGGUUCAAUUUUGAGUAAUGUCUUCUUGAAAACUGGGAGUCUCUUAUCAGAUCUGCUUACUCCUGACCAGAAGUCACUGCACAUCCGCUCUACUAUCGGGGUUAAAGUAAUCUGAACCUAGAAGGUGGUACAAAGCAUGUGCUUUUGUGGUAACCAGACUUUGUGAUAUUGGAGAGGUCACGACCUCAAAGAUUUUCUCGGUUUGCCAACCGAACAUUCACAUAUCUGAUGCAUCCUGUCCAGUGGUGUAAUGGGUGUCUGUGUGACGACCCCUACUGCACGAUGACCUCUGAAGAGCUCUUCCACCUGCCGCUCAAUGUCUACAUCAUCAUCCUGGGCAUCGGCCUCUUCAUCCUCAUGCUCACCCUCAUCUUCUGCUGCUACCUGUUCAGACUCAGGCGAAGAGGUGCAAGAGAGCAGUAUGGUUACAAUGAGGUUAUUUUGAAAGGAGCGGGGAAGAAGCUGAGCCUUAUUGGGCAAACAUGUGCGGUGUGUUUAGACGAGUUCCGCAGCAGGGACGAGCUUGGAGUGUGCUCAUGUUCUCACGCCUUUCACAAGAAGUGUCUGAUGAAAUGGUUAGAGAUCCGCAGUGUCUGCCCCAUGUGCAACAAGCCCAUUUGUCGCCUCCUGCCCCCACCCCAACAAGCUCAAGAGCAGCCCCAGAGUCUCUUGGAGGUCUGACAGGGGGAUGGAUGUCCAGCAGCACCUUACACUCCAGUCACUUGACACCUGUCUGUCACUACUGAUGGGCGCUGUUUCCCAAUCCUACAGAUGGUGGUUUAGGUAAUGCAAACAUUUUAAGACAGAGCUUCUCUGGAAGUAGAAAUGAUAAGUGCAGAGCCAAAAAGCCUAAAAUAUGUGGAGGGAGAUUAUAACACUAACACAGGGGUGGAAAAGGUAAUAAUUAUCCACUAAUACUUGAUAUGGCAUAUAAAUAGCAGUUAUUAAGGCUAACUAUCAAGCCUAAAUUCUGCCGUUAAUCGUACAAAGCCAGUAAACUAAGUGCCUUAAAGCUGCAGAUCCUCUAAAUGAGAGAAACACUCGUCACACUGAGCAUGUGUGUAUGAAAUCCCAGUUUACUCUCUAUUAUAGACAUGCUCUUUGGGAUAUGGACACAAUUUAGAUGAAGAUUUUUUUUGCCACUUGUGGUCUUUCAAUCCAAACAAAACAAGUGGUCUAGGGAAGUGGUGUAGAAUCAUGGGAGUUGUAGUCUUCGCCACCAUUGCCUUCAUUUCAGUCAGCUUCUCCAGGGAGCCUAAUUACUUUGAGAGGUCUCCUUCUCUUAAAGAAAUGGACCAGGUGAACAAUAAUGUGGCUUAAAAAUAGAAAAAAGCUUUUAGGAGACAACCCCAAUGCUGACAUUUGCACAAAGGAGUUACAAUGUAUGUAUUUCUCUAGGUUUUUUAAGUGUUUAAAAUAUUUUGGAUAAUGUAAGUACAAAACCUGACAAAAUGUGAGAUAGAACUCAUUGUUUUUUAGACAUUUUAAUGUGGAAAUGUUAAAAAAAUUAUCUUUAACUGCCAAGCUUACAAUGACUCUUGCGCCCUAACGUACAGGCAUCCAAAAGCCCCUGCUCGAUUCAGAGGAAAUCACAAAUGCUCUUCAACAUUUUUCUUCAGUACUGAUAGCCUUUAUUAUUGUUAAAUCAAUUAUUUAAGAUUGAUGUAAUAAUCUGAUGCAAAGAAACUUUUGGAGAGAUAAAUAAAAUGAUGUAACAGCAUAUGUGACACCAAGACAACAGCAUCAGGAUUUACCAUUAACAUCAUGUCAUCACCAAAAGUCGUUGGCAUCAUCAUCAGAGUGUGAAGAUGGUGUUACUGUUGCAACUCAAGUUAAUAUAUUAUUUCUGCCAUCAGAGCAGCUCUGCCUCUGUGAAAUGUUUAUUUGACAAACACAAGUCUGCCCACUUUGACAUUAGCCAAAAAAUGACACGCAUGCAGAGCCACAAGAAAUGGAGCUUGGAUAGAGGAAGAUUCAAAUGACGGACACCAGCUGUGAAGAUAUCUAAACCUCCUUUGGCUUUGUGUUGCUCCAAACUUGAUCGUGCAUGCAGAUUUUGUGAUGAAAGAAAAAAAGAGGACUUUUAAGAAAAUUGUAAAGAAUGAAGAUUAUGUAUAUUUUGGCUGUAACCUCUGAUUGCCUCACAGUUAUUAAACUCCAUCAGUGUUGCCAAGCAGGGUGAAGGUAAUGAAGCCUUAAAUGGCAAGACAAUUACGACAUAUGGGAUCUGAUGUCUUGUAGGAACGGUUUUGUUUUAUUACUGACUUUUUAUUGUUAGUGUCAGUGAUGCGAGAACACUUGACUGUCAUUUGUCAAAGAGUUGGAUGUCACUGUUGCCUUUGGGACAGAUGUAAGUGCUUUGUACUUUAGUGAUAUAAAUAGACACAGUGCACUGAUAGAAGAGCCUGUUUAAGCUGGUUUCUUGAGUGAGGUGCACCAUAAACAUCCUCCUCUGUAUGUACCAUGUAAUAUAUAUUGAGUACUCUGUAAAUUGUAAAUGCUUUUGAAUAUUCUGACUUUAGAAGAAGAAAAAUAUAACUGGUGUUUUGAUAUGGUCA